CCCCCCCCACACAUCAAUCCCAACGCCCUUCUUGUUCCCUUCCCCAUCCACCUCCCCCAUUCUCACUCUCACUAUAAAACACCCCCCAAUACUCUCUCUCUCUCUGUCUCUCUCCCCCAUGGAAUCCUCCGCCAUGGCGCGAUCGCUCCUUUCCGCCUCUCGUCUCGCUCCUCCUCCUCCUCAUCAUCGCGAUCUCGUCUCCCUCUCCCUCUCCGCGAAUCGAGCUCGGAAUCGGAUAGCCAUGUCCCACCCAAACCCUAAAUCCCCCGCCUCGUCGAAGGCUCCGAGGAGUCUCGUCGCUCGUUGCGCCGUGGAAGCCACCGAGGCCGCGGAAUCGGAGGUCCCGAUCGAGAAGAAGUUCCCGGCAUUUCCAACUGUCAUGGACAUCAAUCAAAUCCGUGAGAUCCUCCCCCAUAGGUUUCCAUUUCUUCUAGUGGAUAGAGUGAUCGAGUGCAACCCUGGAGUUUCAGCUGUAGGAAUAAAGAAUGUGACAAUAAAUGAUAACUUCUUCCCUGGGCAUUUCCCGGAGCGCCCAAUAAUGCCUGGCGUUCUCAUGGUCGAGGCCAUGGCCCAGGUCGGGGGCCUAGUGAUGCUGCAGCCCGAAGUGGGCGGAUCCCGAGACAACUUCUUCUUCGCAGGCAUCGACAAAGUCCGCUUCCGGAAGCCCGUGAUUGCCGGCGACAUCUUAGUCAUGAGGAUGACUCUGGUUAAGCUGCAAAAGAGAUUCGGAAUCGCAAAGAUGGAAGGGAAGGCAUAUGUCGGUGGCGAGCUCGUUUGCGAGGGCGAGUUCCUUAUGGCCACCGGAACUGAAUAAUCCGUGAUCGAAACGGAAUGAUCCAGGUUGGUCUCUUUCUAAUUAUUACGACUUAUAUGAGGGAGAGUCUAUUUCUCUUUUUGUUCAGGCCCCAAUUUUCACGCCAUCGCAUUUCUCAAAAUAAUAUGGUCAUUAAACUGUAAACUUCCAUUUAAAAUUAUAAUCGCCAUAUGUGGAACUUAUCAGAAUCUUUAGUGUAAGUUUUAUUAUUUGAUGAUCUACCUUCUAUGUGCUAAGUAAAUUGUUUUAAACUUUGUUAUAUUGUGGCCUUUGUCUAUGUAA